AUGAUCAAAGCCAAACUGCCUACCGGCCUGGUCCGACAUCAGCCAACGAUGCUGGAAGAUUCUGCGCCAGGCAAUACCGAACGUUCACGAGCUGAAUUCCAAGCCAACGGCUCAAGUAUGGCGGAGUCGGCGGCCCUCGAGCUAGCAGGCGGCAUCACCUCGGACGCCGGCGCAGACAAGGUCGGCGACGCGCUCUCGGGCGCCGGGGACGCGGUAGACGGCAGCGACGCGGAGAAGAAGAAACCCCACCGCGUGCGGACCCUCAAGCGCGGCGACAAGGCAGACAAGGACGGCAAGAAGGAGGCGGCGGCGGGCGCGACGGGCGGCGCCCUUGAGCUUGCCGGGGCCAUCACGUCUGCCGCUGGGGCGGACAAGGUCGGGGAUGCGCUGUCGGCUGCUGGGGGCGCUGUUGAUGGGAAGAAGGGUGGUGAUGGCAAGGCCGGUGAUGGUAAAGGGUGUGAUGGAGCGGCGCAUUAA